AUGACGGACCGUAGACACCCGCUCAGAGGCCUGACGCCAGACGAAAUGAAGCAUGCUGCGGCGGUUCUGAAAAAGACAUUGCAGCAAAACGCAGGAGGCUCUACAGAUAACAUCAGAUUCCAACACAUCACCUUGGACGAACCGCCUAAGGCGCUCCUCUUGCCGUAUCUCGAUGCUGAGAGCGCAGGCGUUGAACCCUUAAAACGGCCUUGGGUGCCCCGAUGCGCGAGAAUCACAUGGUCCCACGUCCACGAGCGGCAGGACUGUGAAACCGUUGUCAGCUUGGAUACUGAGGCAGAAGUAACUCACAUUGACCACCAAGCACCACAGCACAAUGGCCUUGACAGAGACGAAGUGAUUGCUGCUACCAUCGCCAUUCUCACCGACCCCGCGGUGGUGGCGGAAAUCAAGAAGUUUCAGUUGCCUGAAAACGUCGCUGUUCAGUGUGACACCUGGCCGUUUGGCACGGACCUGAGUUCCAAGGAGGAUGACCCUAAGCUCAUCCAAACAAUCCUCUAUGCGAGAGCUCCACACAACCACCUCGAAAGUAAUCAAUAUUCCUUUCCCAUCCCCAUCUCGCCAGUCUAUGACCCAUUCCUCAAAAGAGUCAUCCGGAUUGAUACUGUUGCAACUGGCGGCAAGGAAGACGGCCUGAAGCACAACACUGUGGCCCCCGAAGUUGCUUUAAAACACCUGGUGGAAAACGAGUAUCAUAGUGACCUGCAAAAGGGAAAUCUACGGAAGGACAUCAAGCCUCUACUCAUCGUGCAGCCCGAGGGCGUCAGCUUCACGGUCGAGGAUGAAACGAAAAUUUCAUGGCAAAAGUGGACUUUCAGGGUUGGCUUCAACUGGAGGGAAGGUAUGACCAUCCACGAUGUCAGAUACGAUGGAAGAAAACUCUUCUAUCGUCUGAGCAUGAGUGAAAUGACGGUUCCAUACGGUGAUCCACGAUCUCCGCAUCAUCGCAGGCAGGCCUUUGAUCUUGGAGACGCGGGCGCUGGUAUCACAGCCAACAAUCUAUCUCUAGGUUGCGACUGCUUGGGAACCAUCCAGUACUUCGACGGAUGCUUGAGUGACUCUGCCGGAGAGCCAUAUAAAGCCCCUAAUGUCAUAUGUCUCCAUGAGCAGGAUAAUGGAAUCGGCUGGAAGCAUACAAACCCACGGACGGACGUGGCGGCUAUCACGCGUGCGCGGAUAUUGGUUGUGCAAAGCAUCAUUACCGUUGGCAACUAUGAGUACAUUUUUGCCUGGCACUUUACGCAAAGUGGUGCAAUUGAGUUCGAAACUCACGCCACAGGCAUUCUUGCCACUUCUCUGAUCGACAAGGGCAAAACCAGCUUCUGGGGAAAUGUUGUUUCUCCAGGUAUCCUGGCCGCCAAUCAUCAGCAUCUCUUCUGUCUUCGUAUAGACCCUAUGAUUGACGGUCUCGAAAACACCGUCAUCCAGGAAGAUACUGUCGCCAUACCUUAUUCCAGACAAGAGAAUCCAAAUGGUAACGCUUGGAAAGUUGUCAAGACACCCGUCGAAAGCAGCGGCUUCGCUGACGCUGCCCCCGAGAAGAACCGUGUCUUUAAGGUUGUCAACGAAAAGAAAAUCAACGCUAUUUCUGGCAGCCCGGUCGGUUUUAAGGUGGUUGCGCAGGCCACUCAACUGCUCAUUGCAGACCAGUGCAGCACGGUGCGUCGGCGAGCGCGGUUUGCAGAGCACCAUCUGUGGGUGACUAAAUAUCGCGACGGGGAACUCUACGCAGGCGGGCACAAGACAAAUCAGAGCCAUGACGAGACAGGGGGAGUCUUUGAUGCAGCUUCACGUUCUGAAAAUGUCCGCAACACGGAUGUCGUCGUGUGGCAAACUUACGGCAUGACACACAACCCACGGGUCGAAGACUAUCCUGUGAUGCCUGUCGAGAUUCUGACCGUCGCGCUGAAGCCUGUGGACUUCUUCGAGAAGAACCCAGCAUUGGAUGUGCCGCCGAGUACGCAGUCCAUCAACAAAAGUGUCCUCGUUGGACAGGCAGAUCAAUCGUAA